GACAAGAUAAUUCUAAUAAAAUGAGUUCCAAAAUAAUAGGAGAAAUCGCAGUUCCAAAUCCAAAAACUAUGAUGAUGUACAGAAGGAUGCUCAAGGCUAUGAUGAGAGCCUUUAAAGGAGAUUAUGAGAUGUUCCAUAUGUCCAGGAUAGAGUUUCGAAAAUAACAUCCUUGAGUACAAAGAUAUCCAGACCAAAAAGGAGCUCAAUAAGGUUCUGUUUGGAUUUGAAGAAGGCAGAAGAAUGCUGCUUAAGAACAUCAUGCAAGGAGAUCUACAGAAUGAUGGGAGCUAUAGGUGGAAUGUCAGACGAGAGCAUGCUAUGGGAACAAGCGUCAAGGAAUGGAAUGACGACCCUGAUAAGAUCUUGGAAGAGCUUAAAAAGAUCAAGGAUGCACCAGAGCCAGGGAAAGAUAAGGAUAUUGUAUAA